UCUGCCAUAUUUUGUCGAAACCAAUGAAAUGAAUGAUAUUUCUGUCCAGACUCCUACUACAGGCAUGCGACGCGAAUAGACCUUAUGAAUCGGACUGAAUGUGGACACCCAGCUGGGGACGGUCUGGAAUACCAGAAACAGCUGUGGUUCUUCCUGCGAGAUAAGUCGUAUCUGUAUACGCGCGCGUUCGUAGAUAUCGAGGGUAAGAAAACUGAUAGGAGAGACGAGCGAGCGGUGCAAUAAUGUAGAUCAUCUCGCUCCCGCUGAACUUGGAAACCAUCGGUCAUGCACGCGCGCACCUCGGCGAUGCACUAUGCCGCGGUGGCGCGGUGACAUUGGCAGUGUUGAUUGCGAAGCGAAUGCCAUUGUCAUCGUGAUGAUUACGCGCAAAUGUAAAUAGAGACUGCGACGUCGGCAGACGGACGUUGCGCGUGCUCGUUCAACUGACACGGGGCCCGAAGCACGGGCCCGGUUCGCGUCCGCGUCCGCGUCGGCCCGGCGAUGCCCGCGAUCGGCGUCUCUUAACGACCGUACCCCCUCGCGUCCAAUUGUACCAUGAUGGGAAUACUGUACGAGAAGAGGCCGCUCAAGAGGCCGAGGCUGGGUCCCCCGGAUGUCUACCCGCAGGAGCUCAAGCAGAAGGAGGACGAGCUGUCGCUGACCAACGUCAAACAUGGCUUCAUGGCCACCACGACCCAGCUGACGGAUGAGUCCGGCACGGGCAGGAACUACAACGUCACCGCCGCCAAGGUCGGCGCGUACUUCAACGCGAUCCUCGCCAAGAAGGAGGAGCUCGCGACGAUGCCCGACACCGGCAGGAAGAGGCAGCAGAUCAAUCCCAAGGACAACUUCUGGCCGGUGACCGCCAGGACCAAGAACGGCAUCGAGGCCUGGUUCAAGGAUCUCUCGGGCAGCAAACCCCUGGUCGCUCUUGCAAAGAAGGCGCCGAAUUUCAAUAAGAAGGAGGAGAUCUUCAUGAUGCUCUGCGAGUAUCAGGUGCCGAUGCUCCGGGCGGCUUGGUUCAUCAAGCUCAGCUCGGCUUACACGGUCGCGGUCUCGGAGGCCAAGAUAAAGAAGCGUCAGCUGCCCGACCCGACCACAGAGUGGACGGGCACCCUCAUAAAAUUUCUGAAGGAUCAGUUGUCCAAACUGCAGGAGUACUAUCAUAUGGGCAAUCAUGCGGCUAGCACCAGUAACAAUAAUAGCACAACAAACAGUUCCUGCAACAGCAACGGGACUACCGGGACGAACAACAGCGGUAGCAGCAGCAGUAACAACAACAACAGUAGCAGCGGCAGCAGCAGCAACAACAACAACGCUAGCAGCAACAACACUAGCAGCAGCAGCAACAACAAUAGCAACAAUAAUGGUGUUACUAAUAGCAGCGCGAGCAAUAACGCAAGCAACGGCUCCGCCAAUAAUCAACCACCCACACCUACUUCGAGCGGUCAGUCGACGACAGGCAGUACGAUGAACGAGGAGCACAAGCUGGCGCUCAAGCAAUGGCAUUACUGUAUACAAUUGGCCAAAUAUAUGUUUGAGGAAGGCCUGUUGGACAGGCAAGAAUUGCUACAGUGGAUCCUCGAAUUGCUGGAUAAGAUUAGGUCCUCUCCCUCGGAAGACGGCAUAUUGAAGCUCCUAUUGCCGUUGGCUCUGCAAUACCUGGAGGAGUUUAUACAGUCCGAGCUGCUGGCCAGGCGACUGGCAUACUUGUGCUGCCGUAAACUGGCGCACAUGUGCAAUAAUGUUGAGAGCAACAGCAGUCCGCAGAGUCCGUCCGUCGCUAAGAACGAAGCCAAUGGUAACAAGGACACUACUGUCGCUGUCCAAGGACCAUUGAAUCUCCUGACAGUUGCUUUCAACGAUUACUUGACUUGCGCACACCACAGAGAUAUAAUUUACAGUUUAGCCACUAUAAUACAGGUCAUAACAUUGGAGUGUCCCACUGCGUUGGUCUGGAACAGUGUUGGCGAGGGAAAGGCACCGUCAGUGUUGAAUGGAUCGCCUCUAGACUACUUGCCAUGUCCGCCAGCAGCUUUGCCGUGUCCACCCGCGAGUUCUGGCAAUCCUACGAUGAAACAGCUGCGGGUCGCGCAGGAAAACAUAAGGGCUCGAUCCCAGGCAGCGGAAGGUAGAUGGUCGUGCGACAAGUGGCAGCAGAGCAGCGCUGGGACGACCACUACCAAGGUGUUAGCCGCAUUGGACGCCCUAGACCGGCACAGUUUUGACAAAAUGGACGCCUCCAAUUCGCUCGACACCCUGUACGCAAAAAUCUUCACGCCACCUCCGAAAGACAAUUCUAGCGAGCGCGACGCGAAAACGGAGUACAAUCCGCAGCAGGAUUCAGCGGUAGUUGAAAUUCUGUGCGAGUGGGCUGUGAGUGCCGAACGUUGGGGGGAACAUAGGGCGAUGGCGGUUGCCAAACUUCUCGAGAAGAGGCAGAGCGAAGCUACUGGCGAGACUAACGAUAACGACGACAAGGACAGCACGUGUAGCAAUGGGAGUCCGCCUGUGCUUCCGAUCUUCCAACCGUUGCUUAUGAAAUUCUUGGACGUGGACGCGCCGGUGCUCGAUAAUACCUCGACUCAAUCUAAGGCUCAAUUUACAAAUUUAGUCCACCUGUUCUCAGAAUUGAUAAGGCAUGACGUUUUCUCGCACGAUGCGUACAUGUGCACUCUUAUUUCGAGAGGUGAUCUUAUACAAGGUCCCGUAGCUAGCAAACCCGGAACACCUAGCAAUAGAGAGCCGAUCGAUGAAGACAGUCUCUUCCCGGGUAUAGAUUUAAAGUCGACCAAAUUGGAAGUGCCGGAUCAUGGACGUACUAUGGAUUAUGAUGAUAGUAAAAUCGACGACGAUUUAGAUAAGAUAUUGCAGCACAUUAAAGAAGAUCAACAAAAUAGCAUGGACGCGCCAGAUAGCCCUAAAGAGGAUGCGCUGACCGGCCACGGCGGUCAUGAAAGUCUCGAUUCCAAAAUGCCGUCGAGUCACAGCAGACAUUUAUUGUACACCACUCACUUUCCUCUGCCACAAGACGAGACGUGUAGUCAGCACGAUUGCAAUCAGCGGCAUGUGUUACUUUAUGGUGUUGGACGUGUCAGAGACGAGGCCAGGCACGUUGUUAAAAAAAUGACUAAAGAAGUGUGUAAAUUGUUUGGCAAGAAAUUCAGUAUUGACGUUGCCGAAGGGGGCAAAGUAAAGAAACAUUCUCGAAGUGAAUUCAAUUUUGAGGCCGUCACUAUGAAGUUUCAAAAUCUAAGUUAUUUCGAUCAGCAUGUCGUAACGUGGCAGUGUGCAACGCAAGUGAUAGAGAUGUUGAACACGUUUGCACUAGCUGGCUCAUCUUACUUGCCAGUUCACGAACACGUAGCCUUUCUCUUCGAUCUGAUGGAGCUGGCAUUAAAUAUAUACGGCCUAAUUGACGUUUGUAUACAAAUCCUGAAAGAGUUGCCGGAAGUGGAGGCACAAUUAACAGUUAGAAAUAGUCAAUUGGUUCGAAGUUACACUACAAAUCUAAGUUUAUACGUAGUUGGCGUGUUAAGAAGAUAUCACUGCUGUUUAUUGUUGUCACCCGAGCAGACGACAGCGGUAUUUGAUUUACUCUGCAAAGUGGUGAAACACGUGUCAAAUCCGAGCGACUGUAGUUCCGCCGAACGAUGCGUGUUAGCGCAUUUAUAUGACUUAUAUUCGACCUGUUCUCUCUUGAAGACGAAAUCGCACGGGGUGGAGGCGUUUAGCAACGCGUAUCCGAAAAUACGAGCUGCUCUCUACAGUACGUUGCAGCCGACGCCUUCGAGUCACGUUUACAACUCGCAAUUUAUGGUGGAUGUCUUCACCAGUCCGCGAAGGGGCGGAAAGAUUGAACCGCAAUGGGCGAGACAGUUGAAUGAGACUCCGGCCAAUCGUUAUAGUUUCGUUUGUAACGCGAUUGUUGCGGUUUGCAGCGAGACGGAUAACGAUAAACUGAACGAUAUUGCUAUAACUUGCGCAGAAUUGACUGCCUGUUGCAAUGCUCUCAAUGCUGAAUGGCUGGGAGUACUUAUGGCACUUUGUUGCUCCUCCAAUAGCUCAGCUUUCUACAUCGACGUGUUAAAUCAAGUUGACGUACAGGAUUUAAGUAUACACAAUUCUCUAGCUAUAUUUACCUCAAUUCUAAUUGCAAGGCACUGUUUCUCCUUGGAAGAUUUUGUCGUGCACAUAGCACUACCAUCCUUGGUAAAAACUUGCAACGACGGUCGCGGGGACAUUGAUAUCGAAGUGGAAGCAGGUGCACGUUUGACUUGCCAUUUGUUACUGAGACUUUUCAAAACUGUUGAGUGUCCGCAGCCGGCUUUGUAUUCGGUCAGUACGAGUCCUCAUCCGCUUCCAAGUGGAAACUCAAGGGGUUAUAGCAUAAAAUUGAGUUGCGAUAGACACUUGUUGGCAGCCGCGCAUAAUAACAUAAGAGUAGGGCCGGUGCUCGCGGUGCUGAAGGCUAUAUUAGUCGUGGGAGAUGCCACGGCCGCCAAGCAGCCACCGAAGAAAGUCGAUAUACCCUUGAGUCAUUCCAGUAAAGGAGGUGGUCCGGCCAGCGUCGGAGUCGGAGUUGGCGUGAGCAGUAGCGGACCCGGCGAACUGUCAAUUAGCCAUAUUUUGGGAACCAGCGAUAUCUUAGGAGGCGGCGAUGAUCUUGGCCUCGACCUGGCCAUGUCGUCGUCCAGUAGCAGCGCCGGCAUGACGACGGAAAACGUCAAGGGGUUUUCCGACUUCGCCCAUCACGUUUUGCGUCAGAUCUGCAGCCAAGAAUGGGUGCUGGAGAGAUGCUUACAAAAUCCGGAGGAGCUUUGUCAUCAGGACAUGCUGCUGGACAAUAUGCUUACGCCACGGCAAGCCCAAAAAUUGUUACACAUGAUCUGCUAUCCCGAAACACCAACCGAAGCCUUCAUCGAUCAGAAGACACAUAUUACGAAUAUCUUGGAGAAUUUGGAGCAAUGGAGUCUAAGGAUGUCCUGGCUGGAUUUGCAGCUUAUGUACAAGCAAUUCGCGCCAGGCUCCAGUGAACUUUCUCAAUGGUUGGACACAGUCGCGAAGGCUGCGAUCGACGUUUUUCAGUUGAACAAUACCUUAAGUAAUAAACCUGAUAAAAGGUCGGGUUCCAUAUGGUUAGUGGCUCCAUUGGUUUCCAAGCUGCCGAGUGCAGUGCAGGGCAGAGUGCUAAAAGUGGCGGGGCAGGUGUUAGAGUCGGGUAAUUGGUCGAAAACAGCAGGUCGCGAGAGAGGUAGAUCCAAGUCGCCUUCGCUGUUCAAUCACCAGCCAUUUCUGUCGCUUGUACUUACGUGUCUGAAAGGUCAGGAUGAUCAAAGAGAGGGUUUACUGACGUCUCUACAUUCGCAACUCUCGCAAUUUUUAAAUACUAGCAAGGAGGAGAAGCACAUCGGUUCCGAAGAUCCUAAGACCAGAGAGGUGUUACAAGACGCGUUACAGUUAAGAUUCAGCCUCGUUGGAGGUGUGUUCGAUACGAUACAAAGAAACACGACUGCUACAACAGACUGGGCGAUUCUGCUGGUUCAGUUGGUCAGCUACGGUGUUAUAGACUUGAAUAAUAAUGCAGAGUUAUUUACCACCGUGAUAGAUAUGCUGGCAACGCUAAUUCACUCCACGCUAGUGUCAGAUUCGCAAUCCGAGAAAGACGAGAAUAAAAAGCACUACCAAAAUCUAAUGAAAAAAUUGAAGAAAGAACUGGGCGACAGAAAUUCCUCGAGCAUUCGUUUCGUAAGACAACUUCUACCGCUACCGAAGCUGUCUAUGGAAGUUAUUACGUGCGAACCCGUUGGAUGUCUGACCGACACUAAGGGCAACAAGAUCGCUGGAUUCGACAGCAUCGACAAGAAGCAGGGGCUGCAAGUAUGCGAUUCUCAAAGAGUGUCGGCGUGGGAAAUCUUAGAAGGACAUAAAAAUCCUGCGCCGCUUUCCUGGGCUUGGUUCCGAGCUGUCCGACUGGAACGCAAACCGCUCACGUAUCAGAACGCGUACAAACUGUUGCGCUAUCACACGCACAGUCAAAAUCGUUCGGCCAGCCAUUAUCUGGAUCCACCUCCGUUGCCACCGGAAGAUCUGGAGCCGGACAAGAAGGAGUCGGAGCCUGGCAAAGCCGACACUCCAAUGAGCAUCGAUUCGCCAGGUCGAGUCGGCGGUAGUGUCGGUAGCGCCGGAGUCGGUAAUGCGAAUACUAAUGGUAAAGGAAAAGCUAUGAAAAAUAAGCGACAUAACAGACGAACGAAAGGUGCCGCUACGCCUACAACACCUAUAUCGCAGCAGAUGCAGCAACCGCCAUCUCAAUUGCAACAAAUGGCAUUCGGUAAUCAACAAGCGCCUGUUGCGCAACAGCCUGGAAUGUUCACUGGACAACCCCCACAACCCCAACAGCAAUGGUACAGUAAUCAGCAAACUCACACACCCGCGCAGCAGUACGGAUAUGGUCAACAGUUGCCGCCUGCACCGGUCGGCGGACCGCGCUACGAGAGACCGGGGAUGAACAAUCAGUCCAAACAGGCUCUGUCCAAUAUGUUACGCUUACGAUUGCCGUCUAAUCAAUUCAUGGGCUCGCAGCAACAACCGCCGAACGCCACGCCGGUUGCCGGGCCCGGCGCGUUCCAAGGAAUGCAGAGGCAUCAAUUCAUCAGGCAGCAAUUGAGAGCGCAGCACGGAGCUCCUGGCAUAAAUCCACAACAAGGCAUGUUUGCGGCGCAGCAGCAGCAGCAGCAACAGCAGCAGCAGCAAGGGAUAUACGCUGGAAUUCAACAAGGUAUGAAUCAAAAUUAUGCGGGAUACGGUGGGCAACAAAUGAUACAGCAGCAGCAGCAGCAACAACAGCAGCAGACACCACAGCAAACGCAGCAGCAGCAGCAGCAGCAGCAGUUACUUCAACAGCAGCAACAACAGCAGCAGCAGCAGCAACAAGGCAUCUUGAAUCAACAACAAAAUAUGAUGUUCCCUAAUCAGCAGCAAAUGAUGGGUCCGCAAAGGGGACAGGAAUAUAUGCCGCAACAAAGAAUGCAGCCUGGCGCUGCGAGGCCGCCAUAUUUACAGGCACCAAACGUAACAAUGAAUGCAAUGGGACCAAUGGGUGGUGGUGUUCAGAACCAACCUGCUCCUCCGUACCGACAAUCCGCUGGAAAACCAGGUGCGGUAGGUGUGACAGGGGUAGGCACGGCUAAUGUCAACUUGCAGCAAAAUCAGCAGGCAUUCCAGCAACAGCAACAAGCGAUCAAUCAGCAGCGUAUGAGGCAACAGAUGUUGGCCAUGCAGCAGCAGCAGCAACAGGCACAGCAGCAGCAGCAGCAGGCCGCUCAACAGCAGCAGCAGCAGCAGCAAGGUGCUGGUGGUGGCCAACAACCAACGCCUCAACUCGUGACGCAUCUACAAAGACACUUGAGUCAACCGCCGCAACAUUCCUACCAGCAUCAACCACCACCUUAUUAGACUUCUAUUACUGGCAAUAUCACUGAUAAUAACUGGCUAGUUGGUGCAAUGUAGAAGUGAAAGCGGCUUCGUUAGAAUUCCAGAUCUUAUGCUGCUGAGUAAAGUUUACGAUAGAGCGAAAGACAUAUUCUGAAGAAAGAUUUUUUUAUUGGACUUGCUGUAAUACUUUAUCGGUAAUUAUCGGUAAUUUUAUGUAAUCGGCUUGAUGCUACCGUAUUUUUGGUGAAAUUGGGCGUAAAAACAUCGUGUUCUAAAUUUUUAUAUUAAAUUGAAUGUCCCGAUUUGUACUAAUUAGAUAUUUUAUUAAUUAUUACGCGACCAUACUUUAGUUAACUUGGCAUGAAAGAGGAGAGUGCUUAUACAUAUAAUACACCAAUAGAUUUUUUAUGUCUGAUGUCAACAGCCAUGUUUUAGUGAUCCUAUUGAAUCAAUGUAUACUAAACCACGAUAUAAGAAAGUCAUAAAUUAUAAUACAUUUUUUUCCAGUCGUUACGUAAAUCCUCAUAAAGUAUUAUUAAAAUAAUAUUGUUACGUCCCAGUGCUUCGUUCCUUUAAAUAAAUUUUAAUAUUCGUAAUAUUGUUUAAUUAAUGCGUGAUUAAUAUAGAUUAAUUAAGGUAAAAAGAAGAUCGUCUUUCUGGAAUCUCUCAGAAGAAGAAAGCAUUUCCUUCAUAUGUUGAAAUGUUACCUUAAAAAGACGUGACGAUUGCCAUUAUUGUAAUUCACUUAGCGCAUGACGAAUAUUGUAGCAAAAUACAGAGACAAAGUACAUGGAUGUAACACAUAUUAUACGUAGAGUCUAAAGUAUUAAUGACAAUGAUGAAGAUAUAGUAUACAUAAGGUAUAAGGCGUAGCAUAAUUUAUAUUAUAAGUAAAUUUAUUGUUACUGUUAUCUCUGACUAUUUAAACGGUAUUUAUAUAUCAUAUUUUUUACAUAGAAUUAUACAUUAACAUUGAUCGUGUACAUUAGAAGUAAAUGUAUUUAACGAGUGCAUUCACGGUAAGAAAACGACACUUCAGUAGCUACUAUGGAAUUCACAUGGAUUCAAAUGAAUUACGUGAUUCAAAUAGUUUGCGAAAUAAAGAUAAAUAAUAAAUCAGCAAGUUUCGAAUUUAA